AUGUCUACAACUGAUCUUCACUGCGAUGUAUCAAGGUAUGAAUUACCUCUUGUAAAAGAAGAUAAACACCAUCCCUGUUUACUUACUCAAAUCUCUAUUGCUGAUAGUAAAGAAGUACCGUUCAAUACUAAGGAGAUAUAUAACAAUAAUUGUCAUCGAUAUAAUUUUCUCAAAGCUGAUUUGCCAAACCUGCAUUGUGAAUUUGGCCGAAUAAACUGGAAUGACAUAACUGAAAUCAAAGAUGUUAAUUGUGCCGUUGAUCAUCUGAAUGGCAAAAUGUAUAAUCUCUUUGAUAAAUUUGUUCCAAGAGUUAAGGUUCGAUCUAGUACUAAUUUUCCACGUUGGUUUACAUCCGAAAUUAUUAAAGAUAUAAAGACGAAAAACAAUUACAGACGUUUGUGUAAAAAGCACAAAUUCUUAGCUUAUAUGGAUAAAGUCAAAAGUCUUAAUAGGAAAAUAAAGAAAAAUAUCAGAAAGGAAUAUGGUAAUUUUAAACAAUUAGCUCAGGAUAGAAUAAAAAGUGAACCGAAGCAUAUUUGGUCGUACAUUACAGAUAAGAAAAAAUCUAGUGGAAUACCUGGAAGUAUGAAGUAUGGUCACAAUGAAUUCUCAACUCCACAGGAUAUUGUAGAAGGGUUUGCACAACAUUUUAGCAGUGUUUAUAUUAAGUGUGAUGGUACUUGUGAUAGUAAGUACAAUGGCUGUAAUAAAUCUGCUAAUACUUUCGACCAUGUUUGUUGCAACUGUGACAGUGAUAAUAAUUUAUUAAAUAACGUGUUACAUAAAUUUAUAGUGUCGGAGAAGAUGAUUACAGAAGCUGCUCGUAGAAUCAAACCAAAUCUGACUAUGGGACCGGACAACGUACCAGCUUUUGUAGUGAAAGAGUGCAUUACCUGUCUGAUCACACCACUGUUGCAUAUUUUUAAUCUCAUACUGAAAACAACGAACUUUCCUACGAUGUGGAAGAUGUCUAAAAUUUGUCCCAUUUUUAAAUCUGGUUGUAAGUCGGAUAUCGCCAAUUACAGACCAAUAUCAAUUAUAUGUAAUUUCGCUAAGUUGUUUGAAACUAUACUGUAUAAUAGUGUAUAUGCUCAUGUAACACCUAUGAAAAAUGAUUGUCAACAUGGUUUUGUCAAGGGAAGGUCCACAACAACCAAUUUGUGUGAAUUUACACAGUUUGUCUCGGAAUCCCUUGAACAAAAAUACCAGGUGGAUGUUGCGUAUACCGACCUGUCAAAAGCAUUUGAUAAGGUUAAUCAUAAGCCUCUUAUUAAAGAAAUUACAUUUAUACGGCUUAUGUGA